AUGGAGCCGAUCCUGGGGCCUGGCCCUCCCCUGCCACCACCUUUCAGCCUUCUUCUAUUACUUGGUCUCCUUGUCAUUGGGGUCUGGUCACUGUUGCCUGGGGAUCGAAGGCGGGAGCUGUUGCCAGCCAAGCUCAGCGAGACUUUAAGGCAGCAAAAAGUACCAGGGAGCCAAAAACUCACAAAAGUUCCACCUCCACAUUGGGAGGAAAAUCUUCAGAUGGGAUGUACAGGAGCUGACCUGGCCUGUUUUUCAGGGCUCCCUGUGGGCUGGGCCCAGAAUUAUACUCUCUGGUCAAUGGAUAGGAGCCUCCAGCAUAUUUUCCAGCACCUGGACAUUGCAAGAUCCAGCCUCAUGAGCUUGUCCUCAUCUUCACAAAUGACCUCGACUUCUUCCUCCAGCUCUUCUACUACUGGGCCUCAGGACUUGCAAACCCUGACAUGCUACAAAUGCCACAGCCCAGAGUUUUCUAGAGUUCAGAGAACUUCUUCACUUCACACUAAUCUCAGUGCAACUCAAUCCCUUGCCUACAUUUUUAGAGAGAGCCUACAACAUCGGAGCCUCAGUCUACCUAACCCCUCCAGAAAUUAUUCUGGACAAGCAAGGGUGCUUUCUCUGCCUCCUUUUCUGCUUCCUCAAGGUAAAAAAGACACCACAGAGAAGAAUAUUUUUUUGGACAACUCUAACUCCGUUCAAAGGCUCUGUGAGACCAAAGCAGCAGAGGAAGAGAAUGACAGCUGGGUCCCCAAGGAGACCAGGAAUUCCUUGGAGCUCCAUAUAAGGAGAAAGAUUGCCCAACGUUUGGCAUGUCCUCCAAUUUUCAGAACCAUAAAGCUUUCUAUCAGUCCACAUCCUUUGGCCUAUAGCCCUAUCCGAGAGAAGAAGACAACAAAAAAGAGGGGAGGAAAUAAAGUUUCAAAUCCUCCAUCUACAAAUCUUCAUGAGAGACCCCGGCUCCCAUGCUGGGCUCCACUUCAACUUUCACAUUCAGCCCGGGGGGUCCUGGAGGGGCACAUGGCCUGGAAAGUAUGUACACUGAGGGCCCAGAGAGUACCCACAGCUGUGAAGCAGUCAUGGGCAAUGCUGAACUGUGUCAUUAAAGUACAGAAUGAAGGCCAUAAACCUCAAAACAUUGCAAAGGGUACCAACAAAAAAUCUCCAGAUGUUUCAGACUGCCUAUUCCAGACAAGACUAACAACUCCAAAAUCAUCGAAAGCAGACAGCCAGCUCCAGCCAAGACCCUCAUUUAUUACACAGGAUACCUUUUGCUCAGGAGUGGAUGUCAUCCCAGGGGAAGCCACGUUCCUGAAAGAGGAUGUAAAAAAGAGGUUGGAACUUUGUAUCAAGAAGAAUGUCAACUGUCUUCUAAAGAAGGCCACAGAGCAACAAGAGGAGGAUCCAAAGGAGAAUGAAGAAUUGAGCACCAGGUUAAAGCUUCAAGUUGUAGGCACGAUGAGAUCACCUCCACCUAUUGAAUCUGUGCCAUUGGGCCCAAGACCCCAGGUUCAAGUCAAUGAUUCUAAAGGAUUGACUCCAGAGUCAUAUGAUCAAGUUACAGGGUCAGGGUCAGGGCCACAGGUUCAAGAGCCACAGACUCAAGAUACAGAUGAGGUGGAACUAACUUCAGUGCCACAGAAGCAAGACAUAGAUUCUUUGGAGGUCAAAAAUUCAAGUUCAAGUGUUCAAGAUAUGGAUUCUGUAGCAACAACCCCAGGGCCAGAGAAGCAUGAUACCGAUUCUGUGGAGCUGACCCCAGGAUCAUUGGUUCAAGAUGUGGAUUCCAAGGGGCCAACCUCAGGACCACAGAUUAAAAAUGGGGAUUCUGGAGGGCUGAUCCCAGGGUCACAGGUCAAACUCACAGAUUCCAAAGGGGAAAUCCCAGAAUCCCAGGUCAAACUCACGGACUCCAAGGGGCUGAUCCCAGGGUCACAAGUCAAACUCACAGAUUCCAAAGGGGAGAUCCCAGGAUCACAGGUCAAACUCACAGAUUCCAAGGGGCUGAUCCCAGAGUCACAGGUCAAACUCACAGAUUCCAAGGGGCUGAUCCCAGAGUCACAGGUCAAACUCACGGAUUCCAAGGGGCUGAUCCCAGAGUCACAGGUCAAACUCACAGACUCCAAGGGGCUGAUCCCAGAGUCACAGGUCAAACUCACGGAUUCCAAGGGGCUGAUCCCAGAGUCAGAGGUCAAACUCACAGACUCCAAGGGGCUGAUCCCAGGGUCACAGCUCAAACUCACAGAUUCCAAGGGGCUGGCCCAAGGGUCACAGGUCAAACUCACAGAUUCCAAAGGGCUGAUCCCAGGGUCACAGCUCAAACUCACAGAUUCCAAGGGGCUGGCCCAAGGGUCACAGGUCAAACUCACAGAUUCCAAAGGGCUGAUCCCAGGGUCACAGCUCAAACUCACAGAUUCCAAGGGGCUGGCCCAGGGGUCACAGCUCAAACUCACAGAUUCCAAGGGGCUGAUCCCAGGGUCACAGGUCAAACUCACAGAUUCCAAGGGGCUGGCCCAAGGGUCACAAGUCAAACUCACAGAUUCUAAGGGGCUGAUCCCAGAGUCACAGGUCAAACUCACAGAUUCCAAGGGGCUGGCCCAAGGGUCACAAGUCAAACUCACAGAUUCUAAGGGGCUGAUCCCAGAGUCACAGGUCAAACUCACAGAUUCCAAGGGGCUGACCCCAGGGUCACAGGUCAAACUCACAGAUUCCAAGGGGCUGAUCCCAGGGUCACAGCUCAAACUCACAGAUUCCAAGGGGCUGAUCCCAGGGUCACAGCUCAAACUCACAGAUUCCAAGGGGCUGAUCCCAGGGUCACAGCUCAAACUCACAGAUUCCAAGGGGCUGAUCCCAGGGUCACAGCUCAAACUCACAGAUUCUAAGGGGCUGAUCCCAGGGUCACAGCUCAAACUCACAGAUUCCAAGGGGCUGGCCCAAGGGUCACAAGUCAAACUCACAGAUUCUAAGGGGCUGAUCCCAGAGUCACAGGUCAAACUCAUAGAUUCCAAGGGGCUGACCCCAGGGUCACAGGUCAAACUCACAGAUUCCAAGGGGCUGAUCCCAGGGUCACAGGUCAAACUCACAGAUUCUAAGGGGCUGAUCCCAGGGUCACAGCUCAAACUCACAGAUUCCAAGGGGCUGGCCCAAGGGUCACAAGUCAAACUCACAGAUUCUAAGGGGCUGAUCCCAGAGUCACAGGUCAAACUCACAGAUUCCAAGGGGCUGAUCCCAGGGUCACAGGUCAAACUCACAGAUUCUAAGGGGCUGAUCCCAGGGUCACAGCUCAAACUCACAGAUUCCAAGGGGCUUGCCCAGGUGUCACAGAUUAAACUCAAAGAUUCCAAUGGGCUGAUCCUAAAGCCACAUCUUCAAGUCAUAGAUUCUGUAGAGUUGACCCCAAGGCCACAUAUUCAAGCUGUAGACUCUGUGGGAUUGACCUCAAGGUCAAAGCUUCAAGUCAUAGAUCCUAAGCAAUUAACUCUAGAGUUGCAGUCACCAGUUGGGGAUAUCCUGAGCUCCACACUUCCAUACAUUUUAGGUUCUGAUAGGAUUGCUGCUAAACUGAAACAAGGAGACUUGAAUGAGAAUAUAGUCCUUCAAAAGUCCUUUAUUUUCAGAAUAUCUAGCAAAUUUUCCAAAACAGCACAACCUUCAACUCUUCCCAGGCCUCUAUCUGUGCAACUCUUACAUUCCUUACGGCAAUGGAGGCUGAGACCUCGAUGCCUAUUCCAGGCUCCUUUACUCCCAACUUGGAGAUCAGAGAAUAGUUUUUGCCAGGAAGGUUUAAGGACUCCGAAAGCCCUAAAACCAAGUAUUUCAAAGAGGCAAGUGAAGGCUCAGGAGCAGGGAAUUUCAAAGGGAAAAGUGGCAAGGAGAAAAUCAUCAUCUACUGCUUCCAUGCUAAGGAAGAACCUGUGGGCUAAGAUGCAGCAAGCACAUCCUAUCCAAGAGGCUCAUGUCCAAACACCACCUCCAGUUUCCGAUCCAUAUGCCCCAAAUGGGCAUUUUUUUACACCAAGACAAACAGUUUCCCACAGCUGUCAAGGCAAGAUUAUGGGUACCCCUCCUAGGACUUCACUUUCACAGAGAGACAACCUACGCCAACUCUGUAAGAAGAAUUUAUCCUUCAAUGAACAGCUAGAGAAUUCCAGGCCCAGUACCUCUCAAGACUAUCCCAACUUGACCACAAAAAAAGCCCAAGGCAGCACUGAACCUAUGGAGGAAAGGAAGGAAAGGGAACAAAUCCCCUCAGAGUUAAGUGAGCUACCUCAGAGUACAAGUCCACAACCGCCUUCCUCCCACAAGGUACCUAGUCCUGAGGAGAACCCUGCUUCAGUGGAACAGAAUGAAAAACCAGAUAUCUGCUCACAGAUAAGAACUUCUGAAUCUCAGCCUAGGCCUCUGUCAGUAACUUCUUCCCAUGAACAGACACAGCUAUUACGGGAUCUGCAGCUGAAAAUAACACAACGGCUCCUAAAGAAUCAACUGUCUCCACAUUUUACUUCAUCCCUAACUACAGGUAUGGUUCUACAGUACCCCAUCUGUCUGCAGUGUGGCAGAUGUUCAGGCCCCAGUUGCCCCCACAAGUUCCAAGACACUGUUGGGCCUUGGCUUCUUAUCUAUCCACAGCUCCGCCUUUUUCGUAACUCUGAGGGACAUGGGGAGUUUCGGGUUCACCUUGGCUUUCGGUUGAGAACCCGAAACCAAACCCAAACCCCAAAAGAGCAAAGAGAAGUAGGGCCUUUGGUGUCAAUGAGACAUGCAUCAUCACAGUCUGACCCAUCAGAGAAGGAGAGGAAGGGUAAGGUCUGUACCUGUCAUGUCACCAAGAAAAAUUUUACUCUAAGCCCCUACCCUAAAACAGAUAUAGCACUUAAGCCUUUCCAGCCUCUGGAACCUUCUCAAACUCCUGGACCUAUUCAGGUCCAUAUCAAAAGAAAUUUACCUGGCAGGAGAGUAGAGGUUGUAAAAGCAGAAAGUGGAAAGUCUGAGCAUGACUUUACAAUACAUUCUUUACUGGACACUGAUAGCGAAGGUGGCUUGGCUGGAGAUGAAGCUAAACAGAUCCUUGACUCAGAACAAGUGAAGACCCCCAAGGAGAUCAGAACUACAACUCAGAAAAUUGAAAGAGUGCCGAGACAGAGCACCCCCAAGGCUAGAGAGAUACAUCGAGAGAGAAGGACUAAGGAAGCCCAGAAAGUAGCUCCUCCAAGCAGACAUUCUGAGAAGUCCACGGGAUUCAUGCAAUGGCUCUGCCUCUGCAUAAAGAGAGCAUUAGGUAUGGCUUAUCCACAAACGCCUUCGUUCCAACAGAUGCAGGCUCCUAGGGCAAGCCCAUACAGGCAGCAACGCUCAGUUUUCCCUGAACAAUCUCAUGUCAAACAUGAUUCCAAAAAUCAGGGCAAGCAGUUGGUCAAGUCUCUGGACACAACUGGUCUAGACACUAAAAUGGAGAGGAAAAAGCCAGAGAGAGAUGACAAGAAAACAGAAGUAUUCAGACCACUUCGUAGGGUUCCAGAGAGUAUAAAGAUUAACCAAUCUAGAUCUUUUCUUAAAUCCGCACCCAAAUCUAGACCGUCCCGCAGGUCCCCAUCCCCAGUUCCAAAAAGUAACAAGAUUCCCCAUCCUAGAAGGGCCCCAGUUCCACAGAGCAACAAGAUCUCCCAUCCCAUACCACCACACCAGUACACACCUCCAGCUCAAAGGAAGUGUUGCGGUGGAUCUGUAAAGAAACCCAAUAAAACUAAACAAACUAGCCAGGGAGAUAAAGUCAUUCUAAGAGGACCAGCGUUAAAACAGAAGAUUCCACAGCCAGAUGCUCAGGGUGAUAGAACAGGGAGGAUGUCUUGGAAGGACAUCCACAGUCAGAGAGCAGCCGGCUCAGUUCCGUGCCCUGAGGCAAAGAAGAUCCGGGAGAGCAACAAAAGAAAAAUCUAA